CUUGGUGGACCACAGUCUAUCACGAACCUUGUCAGCGAGUGGACGUGCUCUUGAAGCCUCCAGUUCUUAAAAUUAAAAAAAGUUAAAUUAUCUUUUAUUGACAGUGAAUUUUCUUACCAUUCCAAAGCAUCGGCUUUAUUUUCUAUUCCACAAAGUGAUUUAAAUGAACUCAAGAGCCUCAGGUACCGCUAAUCGUGAAUUCCAAACGCCAUCAAAAAAUGGUGUUCCAGCGUGCCUUCAUCCUGCUUUUCUUCGUGUCCUUUUCCUAUUCUGCGGAGAUCCUACUUGAGUGCGAUAAAGAUAUCGAUUGCGGGGAUGGUUACUUUUGUUUCCAAUCCUAUUGCGAACGGUGUAUUCCGUGCGAUGUUUUAUUCCACCGCCAGCCGGCACAAUCGUCGACCGGUCAACCCAUUUGUGCCAAAUAUAAAGAUGAUUGCGGAAUUUGCCUACCUGGGUAUCAAGCCAACGAUUUGACCGAUCAACGACGUUCCAUGGAAUGUUUUCCAUUAAACGAAACCGUUUCGACUCCCGAUUUCUCGUGGACGGGAAUCGUGUGGUUGGGUUGUGUUCUCUUCUUGACGAUAGCCUGUAUCGCCUUUUUCCUUCAUUGUCGUCACAUUCAACCGGUUUCGAGCAAUAAGGAAGAAGAAGAUUUAGCCGAAUACGGAAGACGUCCAUCCGCACCACCUGCAUACACGAUGGAAGAUCCACUGGGCAGGUACCAAGUCGUUCCUCUGAUCGUACAUGAUGAAACGGAUCACGCCAUUCUCGGAUCGGUGCGGAUUUCGGACCCGAUGGUCAUUGUCGAAGUGGCCGAACAUCUCAGCCGGGCCGUUCCAAUCAACUACGACGACCAUUUUGAUGGCCGUCGCCAGUCUCGACACGAAUCUGAUUCAGAAGCCGAUGAACAACAGGUGGUUCCUUUCAUCGACAUUCAAGAUGUGGAUUCCAACGGCAACGGAUCGACUGAAACGAUCCCUUCGACGUGGGAGCCAACGCCAUCAGCGUCCAGAAUGUCCAUGAAUGUUGUCCUUGUUAGGAGCCAAUCAGAGGAAAUGUUGCGCCGGACGUCAUCCACCAGCCAACUGGUUCGAUUGGCCAGCGAUCCUGAGAUCCUGUCGUCUAGGAGAGCGUCUGUUGGCGGCGAAAGUUACAGCCACCGUCACGUCCGCCUUUCGCAGUAUCGAUCAAAUUCCCAAAUAAUCGAUCGACCAGAAUCGGUCGAGUCGUCUGAUGAACUAGAAUCUAAUAAAUUGGAAGGCGAUCUAAUUCGUGACUCGUGUUUGACCGAGCCUUGUGAAGAUGGCCGGGAGCCAGACGCACCCGAGUCUUUCCGAAUGGCCGACGAGGAUUCUGACUUAUCACCUGCCAUUCGGAUUAUCCAAAAUGGCACAGUCUCGACCCAUUAUCUUGUGGCCUUUUCGAGUCAACCUCCUGAUGGUCAAGGGUCGCAAGACUCUGGGUUCCAAGACCAAUUUCGGAGACGUUCCAGAACAAAUGACGAUUUGUUAGAUAUGAAUCAGCCUGCUGCCAUCAGUGCCAAAAGACGACGCAGGAACUGCUCAGAGAAUGAGUGAAUUAUCGCAUUAUUGUCUAACGUUGUCCAAUCUUGCCACAUCAUUCGACUCGUAAUCUAUUCUUGACUUGAUGACUUUAUUUUAUCUUCAUUAUUUCUUUCAUUCAUUCAAUAAGGUAUUUGGAGCUUAAAGUUUGAAUACAAUCGUUCAAUUUGAA